GAGAGCACAAAAUUCCCUGCUGGAGGAUCAGCUGACCAAGAUAGACCAUUCAGUCAGGCUGACCACAGAAGCGAUGAAGACCAUUCUGACACUGAUAGUCAAGAAAGCCAGGCAAGACAUUACCGUACUCUCCAAGAGAUCUAUAAAAGACCAAAGCCUAACAAGGAGGCAGUUGCUCACCUACUUGACCUUGAGUUUGAUUCUCGGAGAGCCUUCAUCAACUCAGAUACUUUGAAGGAUCAGGACAGACUGCAAAAUACUGCAAGCUUAUCCACGUUUCAGAGAACUAGAUCAUGUGAUGGAUGAACUUGGCCGGAUUCUUGACAAAGGAAACCCCAGAUUCAUCCCAAAACUAAAGGCCCGUUGGGAGAACUUCUACAGCAAAGCUCAAUUCUGUGGUGUUUACAAAAAGGUUUUGAAGCCACCAAUGACACUGGAUGGAGGAGUGAUAAUAUAAUCUUUCUACAAAGGAAGAGAAGCUCCAAGAUUUCAAAAUUGCUGAAGGGAGCUGCUGACAGAAAUGCAGAAAACACAGGUGAGCAUAGAAGAAAUGUGCAUUCAUAUGCAUUUUUUUUUUCAUAACAUAUUUUCUUAUAUCACCAUGCAUCUGUUAUAUUACAGUUCAUUAAAGGAAGGUUUAGUGAAGACAGGUUGUUAUGAUCUUGAGAUAUACUAUGUAUCUGAAUUGUUUUUGUAUUUGAGCUCUCUGCUCAGGUGUGUAGACAUGUUUGUGUUCUAGGUGGGCGUGGUCUCUGUUAACCAGCUGGAGAUGGUGAUUGGUCCCACUAUGCACCUUCCCCAGAGAUAAGGACCACCUCAAACACAUGUCUAGGGUCUUCGAGCCUCGCUGACUUCGAACCGUUGUGCCAGAGAGAGAUAUUUUGAGUAGACCUAUAGUAAAUCUGUUGAAUUCUGAUUACCUAUUGUUCUGUGGAUUGUUGUGCCAGAGAGAGAUAUUUUGAGUAGACUUAUAGUAAAUCUGUUGAGUGUUAGUUAUUCUGAGAUCAAAUAUUACAUUUCCCGUUUAUCUGAACAUUGCCUGUUUGACUAUGACUUGGAUUCUGAUUCUGCUUUGUGUACGCCCUGGAACUUUGUACUUUAUUACACGUUUGCCGAAUUAAGGGAUGUAGGGGGCUAGACGCCUUUUUAUUUUGUGUAUAGCCUAUUUUUCACUUUGUUUAUGGUUGAGGGAGGUAGGGAAGUUGGUUUGUAGUUUGUUUUCUUUAUUUUUCUUUGAGGUUAUUUAGUUAUCAAAAAUAAGUUCGUUUUGUUUAUUGUUUUGGCUUUGUCUGCCCCUGAAGAUAUUCCCUUAUAAAAAAAAAUAAUAAAACUCGUUUUCUCGGCAGCUCUCUGGUGUUUUUCUAUUUCUGUUACGUCUGUUAAGUCUAACCCCUAGAGGUCGUAACAGAAAUUGGGGGCUCGUCUCAAAAAAAAAAAAAAAAAAAAGACUUUUUUUCUUUCUCUCCAAAAGAGUUGUAUCGUUGUGUGAACGAGACAUAUGAAACUCGUGAAAUUGGCUUUGUGUUUAUUUGUUUGCCUGGUGGUUUUCAUUUUAAGGCGGAGGGAAUUAGGAAUGGCUUUGAGAUUUGAGUUAGAUAAGUUCGCGAUUAAACCUUCAGUACGUCAGUUGGAUAUUUGCCGCAAAGAUGAUUUGUUUUCAAUUGCGGAUUUAUAUCAAAUCCAGGUUACUCGUGGAAAUAGGAAGCAGGACAUUAAGGAAGUGAUUUACAAGCAUUUGGUUGAACGUGGGGUUUUGUCUGAAGAAGGUGAAGCGGGUGUUGCAGGUCAAGUGUCGACUUCCGUUGGGGAGGGGGCGGAACCCAAACCCGCGGAGUUGACUAGCACGGAUCCCACUAACCUUCCUUCUCUUAGUAAUCCUUUGCUGGCGAUCAGAUUGAAAGAGCUGGAGUUGGAGUUGAGCAAACAGCAAUAUCAGAGCCAACUGUUGCAUGUGCGCACAGUUGACCUGGAAACCCAGCGAGCGAUCAGGCUCAAGGAGCUGGACUUGGAGCUGAAAGUUAAGCAGUCUGUUCACCCCUCAGUCUCUGAUGCGCCCAGCCUGAGUGUACCUGUAUCACCACCUGUAAAUGCUUCCACUCCUAGCCCUGUUCCUGCGCCGCGACGCGCCUUACACGUAAGUAAACCUGAAUUUGAUAUCAGCAGACAAAUUGCCUUAGUUCCACUGUUUCGUGAGAGUGAAGUCGAUACUUAUUUUACGGUAUUUGAACGCAUCGCUGCUACUUUGAAGUGGCCGCAGACUAUUUGGCCGCUCCUAUUACAAUGUAAACUCGUCGGGAAAGCGCAGGAAGUCUGUUCUGCUUUAACGCUUGAACAGAGCCUGAAUUAUGAGGUAAUGAAAAAUGCCGUGUUGCGUGCUUAUGAGCUAGUUCCCGAGGCAUACCGACAGAAAUUCCGAAAUCAUGUGAAAACCCCUAGUCAAACAUUCGUUGAAUUUGCAAGGGACAAAGCCAAUUUGUUUGAGAAAUGGUGUGUUGCAAAUAAAGUUGUCACGUUUGAGCAGUUGAAAGAGUUAAUGUUGUUGGAAGAGUUUAAGAAUUGUUUACCUGAGAAAAUUGUGAUAUACUUGAAUGAACAGAAAGUGUCUUUCCUUUCUGAAGCUGCUGUUUUUUCAGAUGAGUUUGUGCUUACUCAUAAAGUAGUGUUUCCAUCGCUCGUAAAGCGUAAUUUUUCUGAUCGUGUCCGUAGUUCUAAAGAUUCCCCGACAGUACCUAAGAACGCUUCAAGUGUUUUAAACGUGGAGAAUCGUGAAUGUUUUUACUGUCAUGAGGUGGGACACCUCAUUGGUACCUGUCCCACUCUGAAACGAAAAGCUGGCAAGAAAACAAAUACUUAUAAAAGCGUGGCAUUAGCUGAAUGUCCCGUUUUUUCUCCCGAGCUGGUAACUUUGGAUUCAACUGCUGAAUCUGCAUUUGAGCCAUUUAUUUUUGAAGGUGUAGUGGCGUUUAGUGAAGCAGAUUCUGAAAAAAAAAAAUGUUUGCAUCCUUCGUGAUACUGGUGCCUCUCAGUCCAUAAUCUUAGAGGGUGUGCUGCCAUUUUCGGAAAAGUCGAGCUGUGGUUCCAGUGUCCUAGUGCAAGGCAUUGACCUUUCUGUAGUUAAAGUUCCUUUACACAAUGUCUAUUUGCGGUCUGGAAUUAUUUCCGGUAAAGUUAAAUUGGCUGUUCGCGCUGAGUUACCUGUUAAGGAUGUAGCUCUCAUACUGGGAAAUGAUUUGGCAGGUAACAAAGUUUUUUGUUUACCUGAAGUUAUAGAUCUGCCUGAAGUACAUGAAGAUGUCUUGCAGGAAGAGUUUCCAAAUGUGUUUAAUGCAUGUGUGGUGACCCGAGCUCAGGCUCAAAAAUUAAAAGACACUGUAGAUCUGUCAAAAACCUUUCUGUGUGCUGACAAUUCUGUUGAGACACUGGAAAAAGUUGAUUCAGUUGAAGUAAAAAUGUGUGCACUUCCUAGUCUCGAUUUGCCAUUCGAAAAAAACACGUUAAUUGAGGCACAAGGUGCCGAUCAAACUCUGUGUCCCUGUGUGGCAGCUGCUGUCGAGCUGAGCGUGUUGCCAGAGUAUCCAGUCGCCUACUACUUUGACGAUGGUGUCCUUAUGCGUAAGUGGUCUCCACGUCAUGUCACCAAUGAUUGGGGUACCGUUUUUCAAGUUGUUGUUCCAAAACCUUUUCGAGAGCAGGUUUUGAGUGUAGCACAUGACCAUGAACUUUCUGGUCAUGUAGGUGUUAGAAAAACUUAUGAUAGUUUGUUGAAAUGUUUUUUUUGGCCUUUAAUGAAAUCUGACGUUUCCAAAUUCUGUAAGUCUUGUCAUGCAUGUCAGUUAUCCGGCAAACCUAAUCAAGUUAUUCCCCCGGCCCCAUUGAAACCGAUACCAGUGAUUGGUGAACCGUUUGAGCGCAUUUUGAUUGAUUGUGUUGGGCCAUUGCCCAAAACUAAAUCUGGAAAUUCCUACUUGUUAACACUAAUGUGUGCAUCGACCAGGUAUCCUGAAGCAAUACCUCUGCGUUCACUUAAAGCUCAUGCAAUUG